AUGCUAUCACUAAUCUCUUCAGUCAUCCUCUAUGUGACAGUCGCCAAAGCCUACUACAGUGGAGGGCCAAUCUGGGGCAAUAACUUUGGUGUUCCAGGCCGAAAUGCUUCCUACGACUAUGUCAUCGUUGGUGGUGGAACAGCUGGCCUCGCCUUAGCAGCUCGCCUUGCUGAGGAUACGUCCCUGACUGUGGCAGUGAUCGAAGCUGGGGGAUUCUACGAAGAAGACUUUGGAAACAAUUCUGUUGUGCCGGGUCUAGGUCUAAUAUACGACUUACCGACUACACUUUUCACCAAUGCCUUUCCAGCAGUGGACUGGGGGCUCGAAACCACUCCUCAAGACGGUCUUAAUAACCAGACAUAUCAUUAUUGGCGUGGUAGAACGCUUGGUGGCACCUCAGCUUUGAACAAUGAAAUUUAUCAGAGAGGGACCAUAGGUAGCUAUCAGUUGUGGGCUGAAGAGGUUGACGACUCCAGCUACACAUGGGACGAGUGGUUGCCAUAUUUUCAAAGAUCAGUCCAUUAUUGGUCUCCAGAUAUGACAAGACGACCUGCAAACGCCUCAGUCCCCUCGCCCUCACCUGAAGCCUUUAUUGAGUCGGGCGGUCCAGUCGAGGUUGGCUAUAUCAACUUUCCGGUGCCAUUCGGAUCCUGGGCUAAACUUGCCUUUCAAGAGCUUGGCUUCUUCAACUUGACUGACAACGAUUCGGGUAUUCUAUCAGGAGGAGCACAAUACGUAACACAGACCAUCGCACCAGACAUGACACGAUCUUCCUCACAAUCUUCCUUCUUAUCCCAGGCGCUCGCCUCGAACAGACAGAAUCUGAUCGUCUAUCCUCGUACUCUGGCCAAACGCAUUGUGUUCGACGCGAAUCUGACAGCAACCGGAGUUCAGGUCACCAGUUAUCAGAUACCAUAUACAAUCUCAGCGAGCAAGGAAGUCAUAGUGAGCGGGGGUACAGUUCAUUCGCCGCAACUCUUGAUGGUCUCAGGCAUCGGACCAGCUUCCAUCCUACAGGCUCAAUCUGUACCAGUACUCGUUGAUCUACCUGGAGUCGGACAGAACCUCUGGGACCACAUGCUGUUCACCUUAACAUAUCAAGUGAGAACACAAGGUCUCGGUCGACUACGCGACCCGGUCUACUUCGCACAAGCUGUCGAGAACUACGUCACAAACCGAACGGGACAAUUGGCAAACACAGGCUUUGACUUCGUAGCAUGGGAGAAGCUACCGAAUCGAACAGCCCUUGGCGCAGCAGCAGAAAGGGACCUGGACUAUUUCCCAUCCGACUGGCCAGAAUUGGAAUUCAUCAUCGGCGACGCAUCGAAUCCUGCCGAUACAGCAGACUACGCUUCGUGCAUCGGCGGUCUCGUCGCGCCAUUAUCUCGAGGUUUCGUCUCGAUCGCCAGCAACGAUACCUCAGUCCUACCGAUUUUCUCACCGAAUUGGCUUACGCACCUGACCGAUCAGCGCGUUGCUAUCGAGUCGUUCAAGCGGUGCAGAACGUUCUUCGAGACAGCAGCGCUUGAGCCCGUACUUGUUGGAGAGGAAUUUGUGCCUGGGUUGAACAUCACCACGGAUGAGCAGAUCUUGGCGUAUAUUCAGCAGAGUGCUACGACGAUCUAUCAUGCUUCUGGGACGUGUAAGAUGGGGAAUAGCACUGAUCCGAUGGCUGUGCUGGAUUCCCAGGCACGUGUCAAGGGUGUGAGGAACUUGAGGGUGGUGGAUGCGAGUAGUUUUCCUAUCCUGCCACCUGGACAUCCUACCGCGACGCUUUAUGCGUUAGCUGAGAAGAUUGCGGCGGAGAUGUUGGCAGCUUUGUAG